AUGAGUCAACUGUUUUUAGUUUUACCAGGACCAAAAGCUUUAUCCCAAUUUAGGGUUAAUACUUUGAUUCAGGAAAUAGAAAAGAAGUUGAAUCAUCAAGGUUUGAUUGAGGAAGUAGCAAGCCAAUAUACUCAUUAUGUUUCUUUAAAGAAGCCCUUAAAUGAGAGACAGCUUGAGUUGUUGAAGAUAUUAUUGACUUAUGACAAUCCAGUUAGUCAUAACAAUGAGUUAAAUGAACAGCUAAUUCGAUUUUCUUCUCAGGGUGCUAAGGAUGAGACUGGGUUGGAAUUGAUCCAAGUAUUACCAAGACCGGGCACUAUAUCCCCAUGGUCAUCAAAAGCUACCGAUAUCUCCCAAAUUUGUGGAUUGGGAGAUUAUGUGGAAAGAAUCGAACGUGGAUUAUCAUUAUUGAUUAAAUUUAAAGUUGUGGAUGGAAACCCCCCCAUUAAUAUGGCGGGAGGUGAUGAAUUAACUUCAGUUUUUGAUAGAAUGACUCAAAAAUUGUACAUCAACGACCAUAUUCCAAAGUAUGACGAUUUAUUUGCCCAUCAUGAACCCAAGCCACUCGUUACCAUUGACUUGUUAAAAGACAAAAACAAUUUAUUCAAGGCAAACAGCGAGUUAGGAUUGGCCUUGGAUAAGGGCGAGAUUGAAUACUUGACUAAUGCAUUCAUCAAUGUAAUUGGACGCAAUCCUACCGAUGUUGAAUUGUUUAUGUUUGCUCAAGUCAAUUCUGAACACUGUCGUCACAAGAUUUUUAAUGCAGAUUGGACUAUAGAUGGAGAAAAAAAGGACAAGUCGUUAUUCAAGAUGAUUAGAAAUACUCAUGAGAAAAACCCUCAGUACACAAUAUCUGCAUAUUCUGAUAAUGCUGCCGUUUUUGAUGGUCCUGAGGGAUACUUGUUUGCCCCGGACUUUGUCACUAAACAAUGGAAAUCGAUCAAGGAGAAUGUUCAAACAUUAGUAAAAGUUGAAACUCAUAAUCAUCCAACUGCGGUUUCGCCCUUUGCUGGUGCUGCUACUGGUUCUGGUGGAGAGAUUAGAGAUGAGGGUGCUGUUGGAAGAGGUUCCAAAUCAAAAGCUGGAUUAUCUGGUUUCACUGUUUCUGAUUUAAAUAUUCCAGAUUUGAAACAGCCAUGGGAACGAGAUAUUGGAAAACCAAACCAUAUUGCUAGUUCUUUGGAUAUCAUGAUUGAAGCACCAAUAGGAUCAGCUGCUUUUAACAAUGAAUUUGGUCGACCUGCAAUAAACGGGUACUUUAGAACUUUAACCACUGAAGUAGAGAAUAGCAAAGGGGAGAAGGAAAUAAGAGGGUUUCACAAACCUAUUAUGUUAGCUGGUGGAAUGGGUGCCAUUAGACCCGAAUUGGCCUUGAAAAACCACAAAAUCACACCCGGUGCUAAAUUAAUAGUAUUGGGAGGACAGUCGAUGUUGAUUGGUUUAGGUGGUGGUGCAGCAUCCUCAAUCAGCUCUGGUGAGGGUUCAGCUGAACUAGAUUUUGCUUCAGUUCAAAGAGGCAAUCCUGAAAUGCAAAGAAGAGCUCAGCAAGUAAUUGAUACUUGUGUAUCUUUAGGCGCUAAUGGGAACCCAAUCCAGUCAAUUCAUGAUGUUGGUGCAGGUGGAUUAAGUAAUGCAUUGCCGGAAUUGGUUCAUGAUAACGACUUGGGUGCCAUUUUUGAAUUAAGAUCCAUACUUUCUUUGGAAAAAGGUAUGUCGCCAAUGGAAAUUUGGUGUAAUGAAUCUCAAGAAAGAUAUGUUUUGGGAGUUGCUCCCGAAAACUUGGAGUUGUUUUCUGAAAUAUGUAAACGUGAAAGAGCACCAUUUGCCGUGGUUGGUGAAGCUACAACAGAGAAAAGACUUGUGUUGAAUGAUUCAUUAUUGCAAACAACUCCAAUCGAUUUGGAAAUGUCUGUUUUGUUUGGUAAGCCACCUAAAAUGUCUCGUGAAACCGUUACCGCGGACUUGAAAUUAGCCCCAUUUUCAACCACGAAUUUAGAUAUUGAUGAAUCGAUUAGUCGUGUUUUACAAUUACCGUCAGUUGGGUCGAAAUCCUUCCUUAUCACAAUUGGUGAUAGAUUUAUCACCGGUUUAGUUGAUCGUGAUCAGAUGGUUGGUCCAUGGCAAGUUCCCGUGGCCGAUGUUGGUGUUACAGCCACAUCUUUAGGCGAGACUGUUUUAUCCACAGGUGAAGCAAUGGCAAUGGGUGAGAAACCAAACUUGGCUUUGAUUUCGGCAAAUGCCUCUGCCAAGAUGUGUGUAGCUGAGUCCUUAUUGAAUCUUUUUGCCGCGGAUGUAUCAUCAUUGCAACAUGUUAAAUUAUCAGCAAAUUGGAUGUCGGCAGCUAACCAUCCAGGUGAAGGUGCCAAAUUGUAUGAAGCUGUUCAAGCGAUAGGAUUGGACUUGUGUCCGGAGUUGGGAAUCUCUAUACCCGUGGGAAAGGAUUCCAUGAGUAUGCUGAUGAAAUGGGAUGACAAACAAGUUAUUGCACCUUUAGCUUUGACAGUGACAGCUUUUGCUCCAGUGGACAACACCUCAAAGACAUGGACACCUCAGUUGAUACCAGUUGAGGAUACAGAUACAAAUGCAGGUAUUGAUACAAUUUUGGUACUUGUUGAUUUAGCCGCGCAAGUUUCCAAGUCUCUUGGAGGCUCGGCUUUGGCUCAAGUUUACCAGGCAAUUGGGGAUUCGGCUCCUACAGUUCAUUCCAAUAGUAUGUUGAAAUCCUUUUUGCAAUCAUUAGUUGUUUUACAUAAGCAAGCAUUUCCUGUGUUGGCAUAUCAUGAUAGAUCAGAUGGUGGGUUAAUAGCUACUAUUUUGGAAAUGGCAUUUGCUGGAAGAUGUGGAUUAGAUAUUGGAUUGGAAGGUGAAGAAGAUAAAUUUACUCAAUUAUUUAAUGAAGAAUUGGGUGCUGUUUUCCAAAUCAAGUUGCGUGAUUUGAUCAAAUUCAAAGAGAUUUUCAAAAUCAACGGUAUAGAUGAUACAUAUAUAAAGAUAAUUGGUAAACCGGAUUUUACAACUCAGGCAAUUAGCAUUUCAUACAAUGGAGCACCAAUUUACUCAUCUACACGUGGCGAGUUGCAACAACUAUGGAGCAAGACAUCUUACCAUAUCCAAAAAAUGAGAGAUAAUCCAUUUACCUCAAAACAGGAAUAUGACGCUAUUUUGGAUGACAAAGAUCCUGGUAUUAGCUAUCACUUGACAUUUAACCCUUCUGAGCGUAAGCAAUACAAAACCAGACCCAAAGUUGCUAUUUUAAGAGAACAAGGUGUUAAUUCCCAGCAAGAAAUGGCAUGGAGUUUCCAACAAGCAGGGUUUGACGUUUUUGAUGUUACAAUGUUUGAUAUUUUAGAAGGCAAGACCACAUUGGAUGACUUUGUAGGUUUAGCUGCAUGUGGAGGGUUUUCAUAUGGUGAUGUUUUAGGAGCAGGUGCAGGAUGGGCCAAAUCGGUAUUGUUCAAUGACAAAGCAAGAAGCGAAUUCAAAAAGUUUUUCCAAGAUAGACAAGAUACGUUUGCAUUUGGAGCAUGUAAUGGGUGUCAAUUUUUCAGCAGAAUUGCCCUGGAAUUAAUCCCAGGAACAGAACACUGGCCAACAUUUGAACGUAAUUUAUCAGAACAAUAUGAAGCCAGAUUUGUUAUGGUUGAGGUUGAUUCAUCCGAAAAGAACAAUUCGAUAUUUUUACAAAGUAUGAAAGGUUCGAAAUUGCCAAUAGCUGUAGCUCAUGGUGAAGGACGUGCACAAUUCAAGUUUGGUGAAGAUGAUGCUAACUUCAAACUGGAUGUUAUUCGCUAUGUUGAUAACUAUGGUAAUGUAACCGAGAGUUAUCCAUUUAAUCCAAAUGGGUCACCUAGAGGUAUUGCUGGUAUAAGCUCAGCAAAUGGUAGAGUUUUGGCAAUGAUGCCUCACCCUGAGAGAGUUACGCGUAAGGAAGCCAAUUCAUUUUAUCCACAUUCACAAGGUGAACAAUGGGAAGGUUAUGGCCCAUGGGUGGAAUUGUUUAAAAACGCAAGAGAAUGGGUUGGCCAAGUAUAG